AAGGACCAUUUUGAAAUUUGAUAAAUGGGUUGAAGCUAAUUAUUCAAUUCGCAAUACACUUAUUCCAAAUUUUAAGUGUUCCCGUGUGUUGAGCCUAAAUGGAACCGUUGCAAAAAAGAUACCAAAAUCUAUAGGUAAAUUGAGUCAUCUAAGAUAUCUCAAUCUUUCAUACAAUGAUUUCAAGGUACUCCCAAAUGCUAUUACAAGGUUAUAUAAUUUGCAAACAUUAAAACUUAUUGAUUGUAGAAAUCUAAAAGAAUUUCCCAAAGACAUAAGGGAAUUGAUUAAUCUUAGGCACUUGGAGAAUGAUAGGUGUGAAAGUUUGAGUUAUAUGCCAUGUGGGAUAGGGAGGUUGACUUUGCUUGAAAGCCUACCACUGUUUGUUAUUGGAACUGGGAGUAAAGUUGGCAGAUUGAGUGAAUUGAAAAGGUUGAACAACCUUCGAGGAAAGCUAUGGAUUAAAAAGCUUGAAAACGUAAGGGAUGCUAACGUAGAAUCCGAGGAAGCAAAUUUGGGGGAAAAACAAUACAUUGAGUCCUUGGAAUUAGAAUGGUCAUAUGGUGAAGAAGCUCAAGCUCAAUCGGGUGAGGAUGCUGAGUCUGUGAUGGUAGGCCUACGACCACAUCGAAACCUGAAGGAGUUUUUUAUAACAGGAUAUGGAGGUAGGGGGUUUCCAAGUUGGAUGAUGAAUGGUGGUUUGAGUUGCAGACUCCCUAACCUCAGCACAAUUAAUUUGAAAAGUUGUUUAGGAUGCCAGAUUCUGCCGCCAUUUGUUGAACUCCCUCACCUCAAGUCUCUGAAGCUUCAGUGUUUAGAAAAGGUGGAGUACAUGGACUACUGUUCAUCCGAAGGCCCAUUCUUCCCAUCGCUUGAGUACCUUGAACUCGAGCGCAUGCCAAAGUUAAAGGAGUUGUGGAGGAGGGACUUAUCUCCAACACACCCACCUUCAUUUCCUCUUCUUUCCAAGUUAAAGAUUACACAAUGUCCUAAGCUGACAUCCCUGCGACUGCCUCCUUCUCCUCUUCUUUCGCAAUUAGAUAUCCGGUAUUGUGGUGAUUUGGCAUCCUUGGAACUGCAUUCGUCUCCUCUUCUUUCUAGUUUAGACAUCAGGAAUUGCCCCCAACUGACAUCUUUACUAUUUCCUCCAUCUCCCUGCCUUGAGAAGCUGUACCUAUGUAAAAGUCAAAGAGGUGGUACUACGGGAGUUGAUGUUGGCUACUGCUUCUUCAUUGGAGUCUGUGUCUGUUGAAAGCAUAGAUGAUUUGAUGUCUCUGCCAGACGAGCUUCGUCAACAUGUUUCCACUCUCCAAACUCUCAAAAUUUGGGACUGCUCUCGUUUGGCAACAAUACCACGCUGGAUAGGCAACCUCACCUCACUUACAGAGCUUGGAAUCGGAUGCUGCCCUGAAUUGACAUCAUUGCCCCAAGAGAUGCGCUCCCUCACCAACCUACAUUCACUCUCAAUUGACUACUCUUGUGGUUUGGCAUCAUCACCAAACUGGAUAGGUGGCUUCACCUCACUGACUGACCUUGAAAUUUGUUCUUGCUCUCAAUUGACAUCAUUGCCAAAAGAACUGCGUUCUCUUGGAAUCCUCAAGAGUCUCACAAUUCACGACUGGUCUGGUUUGACAACAUUACCAGAUUGGAUAGGCAGCCUCAGCUCGUUAACUGAUCUUGAAAUUGGUCCUUGCCCUGAAUUGACAAUCACUGCCAGAAGAAUUGUGCUCUUUUAGAAUCCUCAAGAGUCUCACAAUUCACGACUGGCCUGGUUUGACAAUGUUACCAGAUUGGAUACGCAACCUCUCCUCACUUGAAGAGCUUCGAAUUUGUAAAUGCCCUAAAUUGACAUCACUGCCGGAAAAGAGGCGUUACACAGUCGAAAUCAUUUGUUAACAAUUCGGGAAAUGAGUGGCCCAAGAUUACUCGUGUCUCAGAAAUUAGUUCAGAAACGAACUGAUGCAGAAAGCCAUUUCAGAUUUUUCUUUCCUAAAGAAGCUUAUGAUUGACCUAAAGCCCAAAGAAGACCGGUCUUGAAUUGGCCUAAAAUUUUACAUGGCCCAGAAAGCUAUAUCUCUUAGAUGACACAUGCAAAAAGGAAUUUUUCUCUCUUUUGAAUUCAGAUGUAAUUGUUGUCAAUUGAAUGUACAAGGGAUAAUGGUGGAGCUUGGUCAUCUCUACGAGGGGAUUCAAUAUUUCAUCACCUUUGAUACCUUGAAUAAAUGUUGCAGUGAGCUUCUUUUGUUAGAUAAUGAAGAUGAAGCUUGAGUUGGUGUUUCCGGUAUUGGGGCCUGGAAAUGUUACCAACACAACCACCUCCUUCAUUUCCUUAUCUUUCACAAUUAGAUAUCGAGUAUUGUAAGGAGUUAGCGUCCUUGGAACUGCAUUCAUCUCCUCUUCUUUCUAGUUUAAAGAUGUCGCAAUGCCCUGAGCUCACAGUCUUUUUUCUAUUUUAGACAUCCUUGCAAGUGUCUUUGUUACCUUGUCUUAAGAAAUUGCUACUGUCUACAGUGAGAGAGAGGUAUUGCGGCAGUUAAUACUUGUUAUUGAUUCUCCAUUGGAGUCUUUGUCCAUAUAGAAGAUAUGUGAUUUUGAUAUUUCUUCUAGAUGAGCUGCGUCGACAUGUUUCAACUCUUCAACAUCUCUCAAUUUACAACUAUUGUGGUUUGACAGCAUUACCACAUUGGAUUGGCAAUCUCACCUCAUUUGCACACCUUAAUAUAUAAAAUUAUGAGCACCUUGCAGAAAGAUGUCGAAGGGAACUGGCCCAAGAUUGAUUAUAUCCUAUAAAUUAACGUGUACCUGCAUUAGUGAAGAGUGAACUUAUACAGAAUGUCAUUUCAGGUUUCACCUUCCUUAAGUAGCUUUAUGAUUGGCUUAAUGCCUAAAGGGAUGCUAAAAGGUGACAAGUCUUGGGUUGCCCUAAAGAUUUCACAUCGCCCAUAAAUUCAUAUCUACUAGAUGACUAGUGCAGAAAGGACUUUUGCUCUGUUUUCAAUUCAGGUCUGCUAGUGGACAUGUAUAUUUCCGGCAACUUCUUUUGUCAGAUAAUGGGGAUGAGGUUCACAUGCAAAUUGCAAGGACUCAGAAGCUUGAGUUGGUGCCUCCAUCAUUGAUGCCUCAAAAUGUUACCAUUCUGGAAAUUCUUAAAAUAGUGUUCUUGUUUAGCAACUUUAUCAGAUUGGAUAAGCAUCCAAAGAUCUCUUAAUGAGCUACAAAAUGUUGUCUGCCCUGAAUUUGAAUCACUGUGCUCCUCAGUUUUUCAAUGUUUCCAGAAUUGAUACUGACCGAUUUCACCUUGUUUAAGAAACUCAUGGUUAUUCAUUGGCCCAAAGGUUUCUUAUAUGCCAUUGCAAAUAAGGAUGAUGGUGAGGAUGGGCUGAAUAUUGCCCAUGCCUUGGAAAAAAGCUAUUGAGGGUUGGUGCAAAGGCUUAUAGCACCUAUGGAGCUUUGAAUUUAUUCUUGCCCUUAUAUCACUGCCAGAAGAGAUGCAUUCCCUUAGCGCCCUACAAAGACUAAUACAGAAAGCUACUUCAGAUUGCACCUUACUUAAGAAGCUUGUGAUUAGUCCUUGGCCCAACGUGAAAUCACUCCCUACAGUAGCCUGUUUGAGCUUGAAAGCACUUCAAGAAGGUUGUUUAUAUAAAUGAAGUUCAUUUAUAUCCAAAGUUAAUGAGAGAAGGCAAAGAUGCUGAUUUUUAUGUUGAAGAUCACUGAAGAGUGUUGCCUAUAUGAGAGCAAUUUCUCAUAAUGAAGGGUGAAGAUGAAAGUGUUAAACUCUUACACUUGGGAACCAACAGACAACCUCAUAUUUCAAAACCACAAAAUGCAUUACUGAAACAUGGAAAGUCAAAAAGGAAUGUAUGGAUUUAGAGGAUGGCUGAUUGAGAAAAUAAUGGUGGAUUCAAAAUUCUCCAUCAUCUCUAUCAUGGGUGAUUGUUGAAGCUUUAGUUCAAACCCAAACACGAGACGACAGCAGUUGUGGAUUCUAAAUCUUCCUCAAGUGUAUUUGUUUUCUAAACAGUAAUAGACAACUUUCAGUCUUUAUACUUGCAAUUUUAGUCUGUCAGUUUUUGUUCCCAAAAUUUUUGUGGAUUCAUACAUCUUAGAGUGGUACUUUAAUGCCUGUUUUUUUUUUGGGUCAUUUUUGACUUGUUUGUAUGUAAUCUUUUAUCGAGUUCAUUUUUCCUUA